AUGUUCGAUCUUUGCCUCCGCCCGGAGGCUCAAAUCCAAUUCGACAACCCAAUCAUUGCAGAAAUUGAGAUCUGCUCAUGCAACCGUUGCGUUCAACGCUUCGACAAAACAGAAGAGAAAAACGUUUCAGAUGUCGAAAAGCUGAUGCGGCACUUUUUGAGCAGCACUGAAAAAUUCAAAGAGCCACCAGAAGCACCACAACCGCGGCCAGUUUUAGAUUAG